AUGACAGGUAUCGUAGCUUCUUUGAGUUCCGUCGCAAUUGGUAGUGUAGUAACAGCGUUAGGAUUUGGUAAAGCUGGUAUUUGUGCUGGAUCGAUUGCAGCAUGGAUGAUGUCGUUACAAGGUGGAGCUGUCGCUGCGGGUAGCCUUGUGGCGAUUUUACAAUCGGUUGGUGCAGCUGGUUUUAGUAUUGGAACAGCUAUUGCUACUAGUUCUGGAGGUGGUGUAUUAGGUGGAUAUAUUGCUAAAGCAAUGCUAAAUACAUUAGAAUCAAAUCGAGAAGAAUUAAAAGAAUUGGAAAAAUUUGGGUUUGAAGUUGCUCGGGAAAGUGCCAAAGAUAGAGCAAAGAAAUUCGAAUUUUUGGUUAUUAGAGAUUUUAAAGGAUCUAAUUAUUUGUAUAGAUAUUUCGAUGAUAAACACGGAAUUGAUCACGUUACUUCGGAAAAGAGAAGUAUCUCUGAAUUUAAAUAA